GUAUAGGUGCUUCCCAUCUCCAGCUCAAGCUUAUCAGUUAUUACUUCACUUGAGUUCUUACUUCUCAGAUUGGGAGACAAAAGGAGAAAACAUUGAAGAAGAUGGGGUUGGCGGUUCCUGCUCUUCCAUUUACCUUUGUGGCUCACCUUCUAGCAGUGGCUGCUAUUGUCAUGGUCUUGCUUUGGAACAUACACUUCAGGGGUGGCUUAGCUUGGGAAGCUACCAACAAAAAUCUCAUAUUCAAUAUCCAUCCUGUUCUUAUGCUAAUUGGAUUAAUAAUCAUGGGAGGUGAAGCUAUCAUAACUUACAAAGCUCUACCCCUGAAGAAGGAAAUUAAGAAGUUGAUACAUCUUAUUCUCCAUGCAAUUGCACUAGUACUUGGAAUAGUUGGAAUUUGUGCUGCCUUCAAGAAUCAUAAUGAAAGUGGCAUCGCCAAUAUGUACAGCUUGCAUUCAUGGCUUGGCAUUGGAGUUAUUUCCCUUUAUGGGAUUCAGUGGAUAUUUGGGUUUGUGAUGUUUUUCUACCCUGGAGGGAGUGAAACACUAAGAAGCCAAUCAAUCCCAUGGCACGUGUUGUUUGGGCUGAUAGUGUAUGUGUUGGCACUUGGGACAGCUUCUCUUGGGUUCUUAGAGAAGCUCACAUUCCUGGAGAGUUCAGCAGGUGUGGCUAAAUAUGGUUCGGAGGCACUCCUUGUUAACUUCACUGCCAUUGUCACAAUCUUGUUUGGUACCUUUGUUGUCUUGUCUUCUAUUUCUUCUGCUCCCGGUGAAGAUGACUAUUCACCCAUAUAAUAUGGGACAUCUCAUAUAAUCAGAUUUCUGGAGAGAUUCCCUAUAAUAUUGGAUUUCUUCAAGUGGCUACAUUGUCACUUCAAGGAAAUAGACUUUUUGAAUGCAUAAGGAGCAUACAAAGAAAGAAAAUCUCAAGGAAUCAAGCUACAAGAGGAGAAGACAAAGCGCUAGUAUCUUAUGAUGGCUGUUGGGAUAUUAAUAGACUUUGAAAGUUGUAUUUUUCUUUUGUGAUAUUUGGCUUUGUAUUUUUACAAUGGAUCAUGACAAACAAUAGCAUAAGAGUAAUUUGUGUUUAGCUUUAGCAAAUAUACGAUUGCUGGGUCCUUCUUUUGUAAUGAAAUUAUAUGAAUUGAAAAUUCAAUGAAAAGUUGUUUCUUUGAUGUUUA